AGGAGGAGCAAAACUUCAACGUUUUCAAAACUCUAAUGUCUAGCUUAUUUCAUUGUUUGCUUGUGACCGCAACGGACGCUGUCGCAUGUAAUGCGUCCCUCUGCAAUCACAGCCCACUGAGGAGGACAAGGUCGAAGAAGAGUCGGGGAGUAACGGAAUGAGAACGACUCGGAUUGAAACAGAUUGCACGCUUUUCCUCUUUAAUGCCAGCGACCAAACCCGACUGCACAUUCUACAAGGGCAUAAGGAUUUCAACAUUCCUGGACACACGAUCAAGGCAAAAUGGAUUCCACUCUUUGGAUGUAUGUUCAGCAAAAUAAUCAAGUCCAGCAAAAUUCACAACAGCAUCAACAAUUCUGGAGUCAGGCAGGCUACUCAAAUACUUACCCAAAAUAUGCAGAGGUCAAUGACUCACAAAGUGCUCAGUUCAAUCCUGGCUAUGGUCAGCAAACCACAAUAACUUAUCAGCAGUUAACAACAAACCCAGGGUAUAAACCCCUUCAGAAUAAUUAUGUAAAUGGGAACUCAAACCAAAAGACUGCAUAUGAUGAUGCACAGACAAGAAACUUUCCCCGUCAAUGGCAAGUAAGUGCAUGUCAAAUGACCACUCAGCAAGAUCCUACCUUUCCUGGGAACUGGUCAAACCAGAGACAACCAAAGAUGACGGAACAGACGGAAACAUACCCAUACCAAAACAUGCAAAACAGUGUUGGUAAUCACAAUUUAAUGCCACUGAAAUUUAAUUACCUUCCAGAAAAUGUUAAGAAAACAGUGCCACAUAAUAGAGGAGGGCACAGGGAGUCAAAUACAGAAUUAACAUCUACAUUCCGAAGGAAACCCCCUGCCACACAUGGCAAGCAAGUGGAAGCAACAAGAAAGAAAGAAGGUGCAAGAAAGAACCAAACUCAAACCCCCUAUACAGCAUCAACACGAAUGGCUUCACCACGUUUUACUAUGCCAAGAAAACCAAUGCCUCCCCUUGAUACAACAUUCAUCUCAAGUGUACAACUUCCUGUGUCGCAAACACAUGUGCAACGUCAGAGUGGUGCAGGGGCGGCCCCUGCUUUGAGUAACUCUCCUGUAUUCAGGCCCCCACCUCCGUAUACCAGCUGUCUUUCUCGUGUCAAAAAUGUUCAACUACCUCAAGCCACUCAUCUGAUUAAUCCAAACAACCCGGGCAGAAACCCACCCCCUAGCUAUUCUUGCCAAAAGGCUGUGGCGGUUGUACAACCACUGUCGCAAAAAAACACCCAAGUAGCUGCUAAACAGAGCUGCCCUGAGAGGAUGGGUCGCCAGAAAGAUACCUCAAUAGAUGGUUGUGUUGACGACAUCCAAACAGACGGCAACGCAUUACCACAUCUAUUUCAACCUUUGCCUGAAUCUGACGGUUCGGAAAAAGACGGUUCAGGCUCUGACCAAAAACACCCACCAAAUGCCAACAUAGAGCCUACCGAUGAUGGGACAGUGACCUCUUCACUGCUACCAAAAGGAAAUGUGAAGGAGUCUGAAGCUCAUCAAUCCGUGACCCUGGAUUCAAGCCACGGUAAAGAAAUCCCAAAAAGUGGGGUUGGAGAGUCUGAAACGGAUGAUGUUGGGCUGUUGAGCGUAGUUCCUGUAAGGACAUGGACACAUAAACAAUUGACUGCUUUAGUUGAAAUUACUACCGGAAUUGAAAUGAUCAAACCUUGUCAUUCAAAUGCGGUUGUAGACCAGUUAAUAAAACACCUAUGGGAUAAUGAUCCGAAAAAAGCAUUGAGUCUGAUCAAAACAAACUAUUACAAAGAGCUAAUGACUGGGGUGAUCGACUUUUGCAAGGACACACACGACUCGACUAUACUGUCACACAUAGAUAGCAAAAACUGGGAUAGGGUUAAAGAAAAGUGCACUGUACUUGAAGACGAUGGUGUCCAUUUUGAGUCUCCUUAUGUGUCCCCGUGGUUGAAUGUUAACAGGCAGCUGGAUGACAUUGAUAACGAGUUUGGCUUCCCCUCGUCGUUGAAGAAUGGUGAAAGCAAAUGCAACACUGAGACGAACCCAAUGGAGACAAAAUGUGUAAUUCCUGUGGAUAUUGUGAAGGAAAUGGCAAUUGAAAAUGUGCCUCUAAUUGCACCUGCUCUAGAUGUUGUAGAGGCAGCUAAGUCAAUUCUCCAAACCAAAUGUACCCUAUCCAUAGUUCCUGAUGAAGCAUUAACAGUGGACCUGAGUGAUCCAUUGGACCUCCUGGAAAUAGAAACGAUGCAUCCUGAUCAGGCCCGGAUCGUCUUUGAGCAACUGAAAAAUGGGUCUAGUUUGAUUGAGUUCAAAUCCAAUGAGUUUUCAACAACUGAGGAACGGACUAGUAUGGAGGAGUUUUGCUGCAUCAAUAGGUGGAUAGAGAAGAUUUUAGGGAAAGAACCUUCAUUCGAGUGCUCGUGCAAGUCACUGUCAGAAACCAACAAGCCCUGUGUCAUUUCGACAGGUGACUUGGAACCCAGUGAGGAGGAGAAUAUUAUUGAAGUGUCUCUGAAUCCUAUGCGUUCAAAUUCAACGAAGGGGAGCAAAAUCGUUGACUUGACCAAACAAUUUGAGGUGCCACAAAAAGGGUAUGACAAUAUGCCUAUUACCCCUCCCUCGACCAUGGACUUUAAUGAGGAAGACGAGAUUAUUAAUAUCCUGAGGAGCAUCAAAGGAUCCAUCUCAACAACAGCUCUUGAAGAUAAUUUCAAUAAAGAGUUGAAGCCUGUACGCACAGGAGAGACACUAAAUAUUGACCCAAAACAAGCAGAAGAUCAUGAUGAAGAUCAUACAGCUGUGUGCGCUAAGCAUCCCAUCGCAGAAUCAAGUGAAGACCAUACGUCUACACCAAAGGCUAUACUGACUAUUGCACAGAAACAAUCAAACGGCGACAAACAUGAUUUGAAGUCCAUUGGUUCACAUCUCACAGCUGGUCCAAACAGGCUCUCUCCUACAGUGGACCAAAAGGAUGCCUGUCCUCAAAGCCUUAAAAUGAGACUUGGGCUCAGUAGAAAACGUAGAAGGACAAUAGGAAAGAUAUUGCCAUUUGAAGAGCCGGUCACAUCUGUCUAUCAGCCUGCUAUUAAAGAUACCUCAAACAAUUUAAUCAAGGAAAAGGUCGUUGCUGAUGACUCCACAACUGCUGCAGAAAAGACUGUGAAACUUGCCUUAUUUGGCAGCACAGAACAUAGGAGUGGUGUUUCAGGACCCCGCGGAAAGAGUCACUCUUCGAGUCAGUGGUAUUCAGGACUUCCGCAUCCACCUCCAUCUGUCGUUACGCUGACGAUUUGUUCAGUCAGAGACAGAAUUUGUGAGGAAUGGAGAAACAGUUAUCUACCUAUAACAAUAAAAAAUGGUAAAAGCAGAACCAUUAGGUUGAUGGAUAUCCAUCAGAACUCUAACUCGGCCACCAAUGCUCCUGUAGAGGCUGAACUCAUAGACAUGGAGAGGCUUCCCGCUUCCCCUGAGCAAACCUUUCCCCUAGGAUCUGGCAAGAAACGUGGAAGGAGGAAGGCCCAUGCAGAAGUCCUCCCACUUGAAACGACACAAAUGCCAAACAAUAGUGUGACAAAGAAACGGCUAGUUAAUAGUAGAAGUAUAUCUAAAACGCUAAAAGUUCCUGACAUGCGGCGGAAGGAGAACCGAGGAUUGAGGUUAGGUCUGCUUCGCCACCACUUGGAAAUCAAAGCUGGACCCAGACGCCGAAAGGACAAGAGGGCUUCUGCAUUGGAUGCCUCCAAAGGUGCUGCUAUGAACAAUGGUUUGAAGACCACCAUCCAAAAAUCAAUAGCUGGAUGGGCUCGUAUUCCAGAUAAGAAGCACGGUCUUCUCACGUCCUCUAAUGUCGCCCUGCAGUGCAAGUCCACCUUCCAAGAGUCUUAAGACAAAUGCCAAAAGGAAAAGUCUGGAAUAUUGUGACUGAUUUGGGGUGAAUAAAAGUAUUAAAGGUUUCUUUCUCAUGGAUAUGUUAGGCAUUUGUUACCGUGUUUGCUUUGAAGGACACAUUUAUUUUUCUAGCGACAUUGUGGAUAUUUCAAAUUUGUAUUUUUCUCAUUGUUUUUUACAUCUCUUUUUUUGCAUGCAAAAUAUGCAAUGUUGAUAUAUUGCUAAUUAAUAUUGAAUGUAUGUUGUGCACAAUUGCAAUAAAUCCUUGUUUUUGCUAUGA